ACCAAUAACUUCCUUCUCCACCCUCUGAAGUAACAUUGACCAUGGAUAAAGAUACCGAGUGCUUGCAACCUCUUUGCAAGUUUCCAUCUGCCGAUCAAUCGGUCAGUACUCCCUCUGCUAGUCAAGGAUCAUUUGCAGAUCCCGACAAGGUAAGUUUGGUUCCUGUUGCCGAUUUACAACCAGAAAAUAAUGAACCAAUUGAUUCAGAAUUAGACCAAAAACUUUCUAGUUUUCAAUUGUUUAUAAUUGUACUAGUUUCUUUGCUGUUAUUUGGCCUUUUGCAUAGAAAACGUAUUGGGGAAGCUGCUUUUACCAUGUUAUCAUAUUGUUUUGAGAAGAAGUAUUCAAGUUGUACCUCCGAUAAAAUAUUGAUUAAAUCAGUUUAUAGUCCAGAAUUAUUGGAUACAUGUUUGGAAGUAUGUAAUAUGGAAGACAAAAGCUAUUGUACAAUAAUAAUUGACGAAUCUAUCGAUGCUUUCUGGCACCCAUGCGUGAUUAAAUGUCUUGAUAAGGGGUUAAAUAGUAUGUAGUAUACUAAUAGUUGCUAAUAAAUAGUUGCUUAUAAAUAGCUUUGAAUAUAAGAU